AUGGAAAUUCCACAAAUGAAUGUAAUCGGUGAUUUUGAGGCAGGAAUGAAAUGCUUGCAAGACCCAUCUUUGAUUUCUCAUUUCUUUUACAGUUUCUGGAAGUGGGGUGCUCUAAUUCUUGCAGUUUCAGCGACUUUCGUGUGCAUAAUUAGGAGAGGCAAGAUAAUAUCUAUUCCUUUACACGCAGUCGAGCCUUCUUCACAAGCUUUUGUUCAAAGGGAUGAAGUUGAAUUUAGCGAUGAUGAUGACUGCUCUUCUGUUUCUUCAGAAGAGGAUGAAGAAGAUCAACAAGAUGUUGAUGAAGAUUUUCGUGUCAAGGGAUCUAGUUUCUAUUUGAAACUCCAAUGGCAAAAUAGUAUAUCGAGACACAUGAGGCGGCUGCGGAGUGGCGGUGAGAGAUUUGGGUGGUCGAAGUUGACCUCCAGCAAAAGUGUUGUAAAGCUAUGGGAUAGUUUGGGUUUAGGUUUCGACUGUUUCGAAGAAGAUAAUGAUAAUGAUUCUACACCGUUGGUGGAGUCUCCGAAGACGGUUUUUACAGCAAAGCGUAAUGAGAACGGCGCCGGAGUCGUUUUGGGUGGUUACGAUAUCAGAAUGAGGCGUCGGGUUCCAGCUAUAUCAGCCGAAUGGUGUUUACCGGCGGAAGAUGUGGCGGGGGUGAUGACUGUGUCCAGCGGCGGGGUUGAGAAAGUGUACGUACGAGAUGACAUCAACGGAAUUUUAACCGUUGGCGACGUGAGAAAUGUGACAGCGCCGGUGGAGAAUGUGAGGGAAUGUGACGGAGAUAGGUGGUGGGACGCUGACGCCGUUAUUGUGGAUGACGAAUUCAGGUUUGUUAAUGGGUCAAGAUAA